AUGGAACUUAGGUUUAUUUUCGUGCUGUCAUUAUGGAUCACUGCAGCCAGUUCGUUGUACAAAAUCGGUAUCGGAAUUGCCGAUGUAACGGGGCCUGCAGCAGGUGUUACUUUUUUGGGAUACGGAAAAAUGGAACAAAGCGGAGAGGGAAUCCAUUUGCGACAGUUUUCUAGGGCGUUUUUAAUUGAAGAUUCGACAUCUAGAAUAGCAUUCGUCAGCAUCGAUUCCGCGAUGAUGGGUGAUCAAAUAAAGAAAGACGUAUUGAAAAAAUUGAAGGAGAAGCUACCGGGCUUGUACGACACGAAUAACCUUAUGCUUUCAUCGACACACACACACUCGACGCCAGGAGGUUAUAUGUUACAUAUGCUGUUUGACUUGAGCACAUUGGGUUACGUUCAACAAACCUUAAACAUUUUAGUAAAAGGUAUUACAUUGAGUAUUCUACGGGCCCACGACAAAUUAGAUUAUGGACGUAUAUUUGUUAAUAAAGGUGAACUAAAAGGGAUAUCGAUGAGUAGAAGUCCUCAGUCAUAUUUAUUAAAUCCGGAAGUCGAACGCGAGCAAUACGAACAUAACGUCGACAAGACUAUGGUGCAGCUGAAGUUUGAGAGCGAGUACGGUGUGCCGCUGGGCGUGAUCAACUGGUACGCGGUACACGCGACCAGCAUGAACAACACCAACAGGCUCAUUUCGUCGGAUAACGUCGGAUACGCGUCGGUGUUGUUCGAGCAAAAGAUGAACCCCGACAGUUUCAUAGGCAAAGGUCCGUUUGUGGCUGCGUUCGCUUCGUCCAACCUGGGAGACGUGACACCCAACAUCAAAGGUCCUCGAUGCCAGAAAUCUGGAAAGCCCUGCGACAUUCCCGGACCCUCGUGUGACGUCGACGAACUGUGCGUGGCUUCUGGCCCGGGUGACGACAUGAGAGAGAGCACCAAAAUAAUCGCGAGACGACUGUUCGACAGAGCGUAUGAACUAAUGUCUGAAAAACCAAUCGUCGAGAUCAAAGGACCGAUUAAGUCCAUACACCAGUUUGUGGACAUGACCACGGAGGAAGUAGACUAUAAGGUGCCCGGAGGAGAAAUGGUCAAAGGAAAGGGGUGCAGACCUGCGAUGGGUCAUACGUUUUCAUCGGGCACCAUCGACGGGCCGGGCUUGUUCUCGUUCGAGGGCGGUUCCAAAUCCUCGAACAAUCCUCUCUGGGACCUAGUGACGAACUUCGUGCCCAAGCCUAGUCCAGAACAAGUGGAAUGCCACGCGGAGAAAUCGAUUUUGAUAUCGACCGGAGAAUUUAAUUAUCCGUUGGCUUGGUCACCGAAAAUAGUUACCACUCAGUUGGCCGUUGUCGGACCGUUGAUCAUAGCUUGCGUCCCGGGAGAGUUCACGACCAUGGCGGGGAGACGCGUGAGAAAAGCUGUCAGCGACGUCCUUUGCAAAAGCUCUUGGUGUACAGUAGUUAUCGCGGGACUUUGUAAUUCAUAUACCGAUUACAUAACCACACCCGAAGAAUACAAGCUGCAGCGUUACGAAGGUGCGUCCACGUUGUACGGACCGUACACGUUGCCCAUUUACCUGAAACAGUAUACGAAACUGGCAGAGGCGUUACUGAACAGUGACGUCAAACUGGACCCAGGUCCUGACCCGGUCGACCUGAGACCCGAAGUGUGGUCGCUACUGCCGUCUCCCAUGCGCGACUCUCCGAUGGGGCGUCACAGUUUUGGAGACUGCAUCGAACAACCACCGUACUCGGCCACGUGGGGCCAAACGGUUAAAGCGAAAUUUGUAUCAGGUCAUCCUAGGAACAACCCCAUGUUGGAACAGACGUUUUUGACGGUUGAACGGCUCACGGACGAUUUAAAUUGGGACAUCGUCGCCACUGACGCCAAUUGGGAAACCGAAUUCAUAUGGAAGUCCGUUUCGUGGAUUUGGGCCAGCAGUGUAGCGGAAGUCAAAUGGACAAUACCCGAAAACACUACACCAGGGCUCUACCGCCUUAGGCACUUUGGAUAUUUUAAAAUGUAUUUUGGAGGUGGCAGGCUCGGGAAAUACUUUGGCACUUCGGAAACGUUCAAAGUGUCCAAGAGUUAG